AUGAACGCAGAAGGAAGAAUUCGCAAACGCAUCCCCAAGUCAUGUAAGCGCUGCCACCGACGCAAGCAGCGAUGCGUUGGAUAUCCCACCUGCACGGGAUGUGAAUCCGCCAAACAGCCAUGUCAACGAUCCGAAUCGGUUCCCUCGUGGCAUUAUGCCAUGUCUAAGGGAGCGUUGGUGCGUCGCAUAGAGGUACUGGAGGCGCAACUAUCUGCGACGCAGCAGCAAAUUGCCCAAGAUGUGGAUGAGCCGUCGGAGCAGCUUCCGACGGGCGCAAAAGUUCAGACUCAUGAAUCGCGACCUGAAAUUGUUUCGUUGAUGGCGUUGGGACUUGAAGGGAAUGAGGGUCUCACGUAUCUGGGUCCCUCCUCAGGCAUGUCGAUUGCGGAGGACCUCGGCCGCCUGGUGCAGAACGGAGCCUGGCUGAGAUCGAUCCCGAUCUAUGGCAGCCACCAGCAAACCCCAACUGCUAAUGAAAAUACGCGAUCGACUACAGCCAUGCAGCAGAAGCCCCGGGCGGAUUCGACAGACGCUGGUCAAUUCAUGCUCUUGAUGGUAUAUGCUGUUGGCGCAGCUAUCCUGCAGAUGACUGAAACAUAUGACUCCACGCCGCCCAGCGCCUUCGUAGCAACGGCACUGCAACUGGAGCCCACAAGAAAUUCGCAAACACACGCCAGUGUGGAGGCAAUCAUGCUCCUGGUGCUUUACCAUCUGCGAACAUCCUCCGCGUCGAGGGUCUGGUACUUGAUAGGCCUGGCCAUGCGCAUCUGCAUCGACCUCGGGCUGCACCGGGAGUCACAAUAUCGAAAGAUGAGGCCAUACGAGGGCCAGAUGCGGCGUCGCUUGUUCUGGAGCGUCUACCUGGUCGAGCGAUAUGCUGCUUGGUCGCUAGGCCGACCAUUCAGUAUUCCAGAGGAAGAUAUUGAUGUUCACUUCCCGGCCGAUCUAGAUGAUUCCUGCACCAGUGACGAGCUGGUUGAACAGGCCCUACAUAGUCUACUGGAUCUUCAUCAGCCAGUACAUGGUAGCAUGCGGAGAUUCAUCGCCUUGACCCAACUACAGCGGAUAAUGUCCCAAAUCCAUACUCGCAUCUAUCGAACAGACAGGAACAUUUCAACGCUAGUCCCGGAGACCGUUCCUCUGAUGGCGACAUUAGAAGACUUUCAGCGAUCUCUGCCACUGCUGGCAUCCGACGAAGCCGACUUUGUCCACAUGCAUUGGCAUAACUCUGUCCGCAUGCUUAUCCAACGGUUUGUGGGGAUCCUACCACGCGAGGAUCCGUUGAUCGCCAGAUGCCUCUAUGCAUCCGGGCAGAUGUGCCAGUGCUUCAAACGGCUACGACAACGAGACUCGGGAUAUUCGUUCCUCCUGGUCAAUUCCCUGUACAUGGCUGGGUUGACGAUAUGCCUUUGCCUAUUCCGAGCUCCACAACUGUGGACUGUUGGCGUGACGAAUGAUCUACGGGCCUGUUCAUCGGUGCUCAUUGUCAUGGCCGAGAGAAAUGCCAAUUUGAAGAAGUACCGGGAUGGCUUGGAGACGAUCAUCCACCGCGUGAUGGAGUAUGUGAAUGAUGCAGCAAAUUCCCAGUCUGUUUGGAUGGUGGUAAAGUCAGUAACUACGGGACAAACAGAUUCGAAUACCCCACCCGCCGAGAUAAAUGCCGGACAGACAACGGCCGGCGACUCUCAGUUCUCGAAGGAGUGGCUCGACCUUCAGUGUCCGUUUCCUCUAAUUGAAGGACUACGAUCCGGCCAAGAGAAUUGCCAGGCUGGACCGGCAGAUAUAUCCAAUCCCUGGAAUGCAUUCAGCGAUAUCUUCCCCGAGGAUCUUUGGUCAAAUGAUCUAUUCAGUAUGGAUAUGCCGGGUGGAUUGAAUUUAUGGUUCCCAGCGGAGUAGACACAGUUAGGAUUACGGAAUCAAAAUAUCCUAGCCAACGGCAAAGGGC